AUGACGUUACAACCAGUACCUGAUUCGGCUACAAAUGCUUUUUGGAAUUAUCAAGUGAACAAGGAUUUACACAAUAAUAUUGGUGAUUAUUUACGACAACAGCGUCCAUUAUGGAGAGAUAAACAUUAUCCAAUAACGCAACGAAAUCUAGAAUGGUAUGAAUAUUUACGACGACAAGCUGGUCUUCAAGGCAGACAUAAUGUACCGUAUGGAAAACAUCCGAAUACACGACGAAGAAGACGGCAACAGUUAAAAAUUGACGAACAAGGUGACAUAAAUCAAAAUUAUUAUGGCAUAGACGAUGAUAAAGGAAUAUCAAAAAUAGAUUAUAUUUCACUACCAGUCACAUUAACAUGGCUUGACUUAAAAGCGGAGGUACCUCCGAAAGAAUCUGGACUCACUCAAUGGGUCAAACAAACGUAUUGUCCAUGGAGAGAAGUUCAACAGCCAAAACAAUUGCUUAAAGGAGUAAGCGGAAUCGUUAAACCGGGACAAUUAGUAGCAAUCAUGGGUGCUAGCGGAGCUGGUAAAACAACGUUAAUGAAUAUUUUGACAUCUCGUCGACCUGGAAAUUUAAAAAUCAGUGGUGAUGUUCGGGUAAAUGGAUCUGAAAUGGGUAGAAAUAUAUCGAGAGUAGCCGGCUAUGUACAACAGGAAGAAUUAUUUAUUCCAACAAUGACUGCUCGUGAACAUUUAACAUUUCAAGUUUUGAGUGAUCCGCCAUUGUUAUUAUACCUUUUAGCAGAAGGACGGGUAGCUUAUUUUGGUCCGCUUGCAAAAGCGAAAGAAUUUUUUGGACGUUUGGGAUUUACACCCCCCGAAAAAUUUAAUCCAACUGAUUUUUACAUUCAGACGUUAGCAAUCUUACCCUAUGAUCGUGAAACCUGUUUGAAGAGAGUUGAGUUUAUUUGCGACGAAUACGAAUAUUCUCCAAUGUAUUCUCAACAAGUGGCUGAAGCACAACAGUUUCACGUUAUUCAAGAUGAUCAAGCAACAUUUGGAUUAUUUAGGCGUUCAUCAAAAUACAAAACUGGCUUUUUUACGCAGUUAAGAUGGUUAUUAUGGCGUAGUUUUAAAAAUAUUAGUAAAAACCCAUUUGAAGCUCGAUUACAGCUUAUAUUGUCUGUGAGUUAUGCAAGAGAAUAUCCUGUACUUUUUAAAGAACAUGAUGAUAAUAUUUAUCAAAUAUUUCCAUAUUAUAUUUCACGAUUUCUCGUUGAAUUGCCUGUUUAUGCGCUGACAGCGUUCAUUACAGGAACCAUUCACUUGUUUCAACAUCAGCAGCCCAUCGCUCAAGUCUUUGUCUUUGCAAAACAAGAAUAA